AUGGCUGCCCAUCCCAAGCUUGCUGCUGCCUUGUGCUGCCUCCUGGUCGUCGCCUCGCUCCCGCUGCUCGCCAUCGCCGACUGCGACUGUGAGGCCUCCGCCGAUGAAGAAAAUGACAAGUCGAGGGCGUUGACGCUCAAGAUCGUCGCCAUCUUCUGCAUCCUCGUCGCGAGCUCCGUCGGCUGCGCGAUCCCAUCUCUCGGCCGGAGGUUCCCGGCUCUCCGCCCGGACACCGACCUCUUCUUCGCCAUCAAGGCCUUCGCCGCGGGGGUCAUCCUGGCCACGGCCUUCGUGCACAUCCUCCCGGACGCCUUCGACAAGCUCGGCUCGCCUUGCCUCGUCGACGGGCCGUGGCAAAAGUUCCCGUUCACGGGCCUCAUCGCUAUGCUGGCCGCCAUCGCCACGCUUGUCGUCGACACCAUCGCGACGGGCUACUUCCAGCGCGCGCAGGCGGCCAAGACCGCGGCGGUCGUCGGGGACGUGGAGACUUCGGGCGGCCACGCGCACGGUGGGCGUGGGCAGAAUGACCACGGCCAUGCGCACGGCAUGUCGUCUGUGGUUGCGGCGGCGGCGACGUCCAACGGCGACGACAGCGGGCAGCUCAUACGCCAUCGCGUCAUCUCUCAGGUGCUGGAGCUGGGGAUCAUAGUGCACUCGGUGAUCAUCGGGAUGUCUAUAGGCGCAUCUGAGAGUCCCAGCACGAUCAGACCACUGGUGGCCGCGUUGACGUUUCACCAGUUCUUUGAAGGAUUAGGGCUUGGUGGGUGCAUUGUUCAGGCCAAAUUCCGUCUAAAAUCAGUGCUGAUGAUGACGCUAUUCUUCUCACUUACCACGCCGAUUGGAGUCGUGAUCGGCAUUGGGAUCUCCUCUGCUUACAACGAGAAUAGCCCUAAGGCCCUGAUCAUCGAAGGAGUGCUCGAUGCUGCAGCCGCGGGAAUCCUGAACUAUAUGGCCCUUGUCGACCUUCUAGCCCAAGACUUCAUGAACCCUAGGGUGCAGAACAAUGGAAGGCUGCAGGUCAUCAUCAACAUCUCGCUGCUUGUAGGGAUAGCCCUGAUGUCUAUGCUUGCUAUAUGGGCAUGA